GUGCUUGUGUCAUCUGAGACAGCCACUAGGCUGGGCCACAGAUCAAGUCUGUGGUGGUAAUUCCUUUGUCUCCUGUUUCUCAUCAUAGGAAUUCUUUCAUUUCUGACAGGGUUCUUGGAGCAUUUCUUGUCCUGUCCUGCAUACCAGAACUAUCAGAAUGCAUCUUUCUUUCUAUGUAAUUGAAUUAACAUAACCAAUUAAAUGAAAUUAUCCCCAGUUAAGAUGAAUUAGUUAAUAUUACUCUCAUUUUAUUGUUUUAAAUGGAAUUGAAUAAGAGUUUAUGAUGUAAAGCCAUUUUCCUUUCAAUGUGUUUCUUUUCUUUUAAAGUUUUGUCUGAUCUCAAUCAUUUUCUGGCACAACCUAAGUGAAAUGAAAUGAGUUCUUAGCCACGUGAUGGUAAUAGUGAUACACAAUGCCUGAUCAGGACAAAAAGCUGAAGACCACAGAAAAAGCGGCAGAGAAAAAACCUCAUGGGAUCUCUGUGAGGGAUUAUUCUGAUCUUAAAAGACUUCAGUCUCUCUUAAAUGUGCAGUUAAGGAAUCAACAGCUUCCAGCUAUACAUUUUGAAAACGGUCGAACCAGUGUGACAAGAGCUUGGCAGAAUGUUAAAAUCAAUGAACAAAACCCUCAUGGUCAAUGGCAAGAAUCAACAGAAGCUGUUGAGCUUGAAAACUUUAGUGUGACCUACAAGAAUGAGAGGAAUUUUAGCAAACAUCCCAGCCAUAAGCUGUUUCAAGAGAUCUUUACAUCUUUGGUGAAGAACCGACUUAUCAGCAGGGAAUGGGUUAAUCAAGCUUCGUCCAUCCAUUUUCUUAGAGUAUUAAUCUGUCUGAGAUUAUUAAUAAGGGAUCCAUGCUAUCAGGAAAUGCUCCACAGCUUGGGUGCUAUUGAAAAUCUAGCUGAGUAUAUGGAAACAGUAGCAAAUGGCUAUCUUGAUUACGGAGAAGAGCAGCAUAAUGUAGACAAGUUGGUCAACAUGACAUACAUUUUCCAAAAGCUUGCUGCUGUUAACAGUCAAAGAGAAUGGGUUAUGGCAAGCAGAGCACAUAAAACCCUGGUAAAUUUGUUAUCUGCCAGAGACAGCAAUGUGCUUUUAGGUGCCCUCCUUGCUCUGACUAGUCUAGCAGAAAGUCCAGAAUGUAGGGAGAAGAUAAGUGAGCUCAGCAUUGUUGAGAACUUGCUGGUGAUACUGCGUGAAUAUGAUUUGCUUUCUAAAAGGCUCACAGCAGAGUUGUUACGUCUCCUCUGUGCAGAGUCACAGGUCAAAGAGCAAAUAAGAAUGUAUGAGGGAGUUCCAGUCUUGCUCAGUUUACUCCAUUCUGAUCAUAUAAAACUUCUAUGGAGUAUAGUUUGGAUUCUGGUACAGGUUUGUGAGGAUCCUGAGGCUAGUGUGGAAAUUCGGAUUUGGGGUGGAAUCAAACAGCUCCUUCAUAUUUUACAGGGGGACAAAAAUCUUGUUUCUGAUCGCUCUUCAGUUGGAAGUCUAUCCAGUGCUAAUGCAGCAGGGAGAAUCCAAUAUUUUCAUUUGUCAAAUGAUUUGAGUCCUGAUGAGAUGCAAGAAAAUACUUUCUCCCUUCAAGCAGCCUGUUGUGCAGCAAUUACUGAACUGGUGCUCAAUGAGACUAACUCUUACCAGGUUGUACAGGCGAAUGGAAUAUAUAUAAUAGCAAAGCUGAUUUUACCAAAGAAAGAAAGAAAUGCUGAAAAUGCUAAUUUAUUACAGUGUUACGCUUUCAGAGCCCUGAGAUUUCUCUUCAGUAUGGAAAGAAAUCGGCAUAUCUUUAAAAGACUUUUCCCUACUGACUUGUUUGAAAUCUUCAUUGAUAUUGGACAUUAUGUGCGUGAUAUCAGUGCUUAUGAAGAGUUGGUAUCAAAGCUAAAUUUAUUAAAGGAAGAUGAAUUCAAGCAAAUUGCUGAAAGUAUUGAGAGCAUGAAUCAGAAUAAGGCACCUACAAAACACAUAGGCAAUUAUGCAAUUUUAGAGCACCUUGGCCGUGGAGCUUUUGGAAGUGUAUAUAAGGUUAGAAAGCAUAAUGGACAAAAUCUCCUGGCAAUGAAAGAAGUCAAUUUACACAAUCCAGCAUUUGGAAAGGACAAAAAAACCAGAGACAGCAGUGUAAAGAACAUUGUCUCUGAAUUAACCAUCAUCAAAGAGCAGCUUUAUCAUCCAAAUGUUGUGCGGUACUAUAGAACCUUCUUGGAAAAUGACAAGUUGUACAUAGUCAUGGAGCUCAUAGAGGGAGUGCCAUUGGGAGAGCAUUUUCACUCUUUGAAAGAAAAGCAACAACACUUUACAGAAGAAAGAAUAUGGCAUGUAUUUAUCCAACUUUGUCUAGCUCUUCAUUAUUUGCAUAAAGAGAAAAGGAUUGUUCAUCGAGAUCUCACUCCAAACAAUGUCAUGCUGGGAGAUGAAGACAAAGUUACAAUUACUGACUUUGGUCUUGCAAAGCAAAAGCAAGAAAAUGGCAAACUCGCAUCCGUAGUGGGAACCAUUCUGUACUCAUGCCCUGAAGUUGUAAAGAGUGAACUGUAUGGAGAGAAGGCUGAUGUCUGGGCUGCAGGAUGCAUCCUUUAUCAGAUGGCGACUCUGAACCCUCCAUUUUACAGCACCAAUAUGCUCUCCUUGGCAACUAAGAUAGUAGGAGCUGUGUAUGAACCUGUACCAGAAGGACUGUACUCAGAAAAAGUGUCAUUUGUCAUAAAGAGAUGCUUGACUCCGGAUGCAGAGGCACGUCCAGACAUAGUGGAAGUUAGCUCACUGCUGUCUGAUGUGAUGAUGAAAUACCUUGAUGUUUUAUCUAUCUCUCACCUGAUGUUAGAGAAGAAGCUGGAUCGGGAGAGGAGACGAACUCAGAGGUACUUCAUGGAGGCUAAUCAAAAUGCAGUAACAUAUCACCAUCAGCUUUCAAUUUUAGCACAAAAAGAUUAUGAGAAGUUGAGUCUUCAUAGCAGCAGCAAUGGAGCCCCUCACUGCAGCAAAAGUGAAUUUUCAGAAAACACUGAUCUCCCAGUUGAAAGAUGUCAGUCUGCACAUGCAAAAGAUGAGGAAAGAACAUAUGAAGAAAUCCUGGUAGAGGAUCACAGCACUUCAGAGAACUCACAGAAAGAUAUGUUCACUAAACUAGAUGAUGAGCUGGACGUACUGAACAAGUUAAGCAGCUCCAGUUCAAGUCAUGUGAAAGAGUCUGCUAUUGGUAUAAUGGAACAAAGUUUUAGUGCUUCGGAAAGACAACCUCAGAUUAGAGAUGAUACUGAAGGUCUGGGAUCAAGACUGCAACCAGCAUCAGCAAGAAUUGCUGUAUCGCAAAGGAAGGUGCGUCAGAUCAGUGACCCUGUUCAACAGAUUCUUAUUCAGCUGCACAAAAUCAUCUUCAUCACUCAACUUCCUCCAGCUUUGCAAUACAACUGGAAAAGAAGAAUCAUUGAAAGAUUCAAGAAGUCCCUCUUCAGUCAGCAGAGCAAUCCUGGUAAUCUGAAAUCAGAAAUGAAAAAGCUGCUACAAGGUUCUCCUGAACUGAUUGAGCCUAACUUCUUCACAGCAGAUUGGCGCAUGGUGCUUCCCUCUUCAGGUGGAAAUGCAUGGCUUCCAGAUGACAGAAAAGGUAUUGGUGUUUCUGAUGUAGCAGAAGGGAUGACAUACGAACAGUUGCAGACUCUAAUUGAAGAGGUUCUAGAGGAAAGUGGUUAUUACAAUUUCUCUAACAGCUAUUUGUUUAACUACUCAAAGAAUAGCUUGAGCUAUUAUUUAAAGAAGGACAAUAUAGCUCAGGAAUGAUAGCAAAUUCUGAAUUUUGACUCUGGGUCAACCCUCAUUUGUAUUGGGUCUGUGGUCAGUGGGCUCAUCAUUUGGAAACAGGGACGCAUUAAUGGAGCAUUUUCUAUGCACAAAUUCUUACCAUGUUAUCCAUGUAUUCUUCACCAUUAAUGCACCUCUCUAAUUAUGUUAGAUGAUUAAUGGAUUAAAAUUUGUAUUUAGCUUAGUUAUAGUGUUUUUUAGUGUUGUAGAGCAUACCAGACUAAACAGUAGAUGAAAGUACAAAGCUCCAGUGCUCCUGGAAUCUUAAGUAGUUUUUUUCGAUUUCGUGAUAUUUAGGUAAUUUAAGACACUCCUCUACUUUUUAUUCCAUUCUGGCACCACUUCCUGCUAAUGUUAAUUGGCAUUUUCUGUUAAUUGUUUUCUUCUUCCAAAUAGUUGUCUAUGUUGAUUCUUACUUCUUAUAUCUCGCACAUAGGAAAGAAGAUUGUUUUGGCCAGCAAUGCUUAUUAAAGACAUACCAGCAUUCUGUUGACUUGUACUUCUCCCCAGGGAGCUAGAAAAGUCUGCCAAAGUACUUUAUUUUACUUAAACGUCCAUAGCUGCAUUAGCCUUCAAUCUUCCCACCUGCAGUUCUGAUGGCUAUCAGCUGAGGAUCUGUGUAGCACUGUAAGAAUACUGCCCUAUUACCACAGAUCAGCAGUCAUUACAUCUUUUGAGUUAGCUGUCCUUCCACUAAGAGGCUGUAUUGGCCUACCUUUCCCAAGUCUUUUACAGAAAAGGGAAAAUGGAGAAGCAACAUGAACAGACUUCCUGUUAAUGGCACAGUGGAUCUCUAGGGAAAUAAUGACUUAAAACUGGGAAAAAAUGUAUGACUUAGAUACUAAGGUAUUAGCCGCUGUGCAUGUCAAAAUCAGAUGGCCAGGUGUGAAAAACUUAUUAGCUAACUGAUUUUAAGAGACUUGCAGGAAUGUUAUGGUCACUUCAGGGAUGGCCAGUAAUCUCAUGACACAGAAAAAGGAUGUGCAUUUUCCUGAUCUUACAAUUCCAUGAAAAAACUUUUCCCACUUUGAUUAGUAAGUCAGUCUUUUCUGGUUUUUUCUUAAGCAUUUUUUCCAGUGAAUCAGAAUGAUACGAACUAUAGCCAAAACUGUUUGUCCCUCUAGCAGUUAGUCAGCCUCAAGAUGACUAGAUUUGGCUAGCAUCAGGCCUGCUAGGUAUUAGAUGUAGAACCUGGCUGUACUUCAUGACAUUGCCUUGUGCAGAACAGAGAAGUGAUCCAGAGAUCCAUCUGGUGCAAGUACCAAAGUAAUCUGUUGUAGGACUGUCAUUGAUGCAGAUCCUCUCCCCUCAGCUGAAGAUUCUCUUCAGCGAUGAGGUAUAUGGAAAGGUGCAUUUCACCUCUCGUUGGAAACAAUGAAGGAGCAUCUGGCCUGAAUUUUGGCUUACUGGUAGGUAUUGAGUCAUUGGCACAGUUCAGUGAUGAAUACAGAAAAUUAAGUGGUGUCCUGACAGUGGAAAUGCCUGAAGUCCACACUGUCUGCAGAAAAAGUGCAUGUUUAUGAAGCUGUCUGUCAGCAUUUGGACUGUGACAGUGACUGUUUUCAACACUAGGCAGAUGGCUCUGAUCCCUUGCAGAGAUCACAUGCCCUGAUCUCAGACAUUCUUAUAUGAGCUUCACAUCUUUGAGUAGAAGCAUCUGUCAUCACAGACUUGUUUGGCUAAGAUAAGAUGUGUUUCCUCUUGCAGUUCUGAUGCAGGUCUUCCUACCAGGUGAGGUAAAGAUUUACUUUGAGACUGACUUCUGUGUGUCUGAGAUGUCUGCUUGACAGAGUUCUUGUAUAGAGCAUAGAUUAAGUCUGUCAAAUAAUACCAAAUAAGAAGGAACAUUCCUACUCACAGUGGUUCAGAAAGCUCACUGCAGUCUGGAAUCAUUCUUGUGCUGUCAGACCAGUAUCUUAUACAGCUGCUGUAAACUAAACACUUUGAGUUGAAGUAAAGAGGAAUUUUUCUUUAUUUUGUUUGAGUCUUCAAUGGUUUGGUCCAGCUAAGGCAGUUUAACUGAGAAGAGCAUAAUAGCUUUCUGUGUCACAGCAAGAUGCUGUUAAAAGGAAUUUUGGGAACGCUUAGGCUAAGUGAAAGACAAUUUGACAGUUUUUGAAGAAAUUGAAGACAAGAUUCACCUCAGUGUUCACAAACUGGGGCCAUACAAAGGAUUUCUAUGCAGAGAGACAUUGACAGGCUUGAGGACUGUAUGUUGUGUACUCUGUUGAAUAUCAUGAAGUUCAACAGGCCAAAUGUAAGGUCCUGCAUCUGCGUCAGUGCAGUCCCCCCCUGCAGUCAGUCUAUUUCACAUACACCCUGAGGGAUAAAGGGAUUGAGAGCAGCACUUCCAAAAAAGACUAGGUGAUACUGGUGAGUGAAAAAUCAGACAUGAGCAAGCAAUGUAGAGGCCAGCACUUGUAGCCUGGGCUGCAUCAAAAGAAGUGUGACCAGCAGUUCAAAGGAGGUGAUUCUCCCACUCUAUUCUGCUUGCAUGAGAUCUCACCUGGAGUACUGCAUCCAGAUCUGGAUUCCAGAAACUACAAGAAAGAUGUGAACCAAUUAGAAUGAGUCCAAAGGAAGGCCACAGAAGAUGAUCAGAGGGCUGGAUCAUGUCUGCUAGGAAGAAAGGCUGAGAGAGUUGGACUUGUUCAACCGGGAGAACAGAAGGCUCAAGGGAGAUCUUAUUGCAGCCUUUUAGUACUUAAAGGGGGUUUAUAAGAAAGAUGGAAGAGAUAUUUUUUGCCAGGGUACAGCACAAGUGACAGCACAAGGGGCAAUGGUUUUAAACAUAAAGUGGUUAAAUUUCGUUUGGACAUAAGGAAUGAGCUUUUUACUAUGAGAGUGGUAAAAUACUGGAACAGGUUUUCCUGAGAAGCUGUAGAUGCCCUUUCCUGGCAGUGUUUAAGGUCAGGCUGGAUGGGGCUUUGAGCAACCUGGUCCAGUGGAAAGUGUCCUUGCCUGUAGCGGGAGGAUUGGACUACAUGAUGAAAGGUCCUUUCCAACCUAAACCAUUCUAUGAUUCAAUUUUUUGCACAGGUACAGUGCCCCAUUAAGGAUUAUGUUGUCAACAUAUAUGGGGCUGAAUGAUAGUUUGCUGUCAGCCUUCAGACUAUUUUGGUUGAUUGGUUCCACAUGUGUUGAAGUGUGUAUGCAAAACUACAAAUUACUUUUCAUAUUUUUCCUUUCCUUAUUACUGGAGUACUUUAAUGUCUGUCAGUACUUCAGUAAUCAAAAUAACACUGUGCUUCCUGAGGGACUAUGUGUAUAAAGGAAUGUUUGAAAGGGCUUUGGAUAUCUGGCUUAUACAUAUCAUAUACAUGUAGCCAGGGAAAAUUUUGGAAAAGUCUGACUCUUGGAAUGGAGACUGUGGAGUUUUGAGACAAAAAAUAAACACCUGUUUUACUUUCUCAUAGCAAUGAUUAUGAAAAAAAGUCUUUACAUCAUAUUUUCAUAGAAUAAUCGUAACAAUGACUUGAUUAUGAGAAAAUGUUCACAAGCUGACAGAAGCAUCUCCAUCACUUUCUGUGCCACUUUUCUUGCAGGCUAGAAAGGAAUUAGAAAGGGAGAAAGAAGUGAUGUUAAAGACAGAAGUAGUUCUUCAUAGUGCUGAUAUCUCUGGAUAUACAUCAGCUACAUAAGUUAAAGCUGACCCACAAAUACAUUAUGUUGCGUUCAGGGCUCAUUGACCAGCUGUGGGAGAUCUUUGCUGCUCUAAUUCUAUUUGUGCGCAAUGCAGAUUAGUCCAUAAAUCUUGUUCGAGAGGAUCAUUAGACAAAUUAAUUCCCUGUGUGUAUCAUGAAUGAUAGAAUUUCACCCAGAGAUUUCUGCAUCAAACUCUGUUGUAAACCCUGAUGUAAAACAUUUCUUUUGAUAGACUUCUGAAUUUCCUUGGUUUCUACAUCAUCCUUGUAUGCCAGCUUUCUGCUGAUAGCACAAAGAUUGAUUCCAUACCUGGUGACUGUGAAUAACGGGGAAUUCUUACUUCCAACACAUACUAACUGUGGAUUUCUUCCCAUCUCCCCGUCUCCACCCUUCCAUCCCUAC